AUGCCUGCCCUUCCCACCGCUUCUACUUCGAGCGCAGCAGGCGGCGUCGCCGUCUUUGAGCCUGCACGCUUCGAGCGCCUUCAUCGCAUCAUCAACGAGGCGGCAUCCAAUCCUGUCCGACUCUCGCGGUCCAACGACUGGUUCGUCACCAUCGACAGGAACCGCUCCGACCUCGCAAACCUCGGCAAGGUUCGUCCGCCUUCCGAUGUCGAACGCAAAGAGAUCGAGUCCGGCAAGAUCACCAUCCAUGGCAACACCCAGAACCUCAACCCGGACUUUGCACAGCAGUCGCUUCUCCUCGCUCGCGAACUCAACGUCUCGGAGCACUUUGCUGCUUCAUUGCUCCAGCAAGGCCUCGCCGGACGUGCCAAGUGGGGCCGUCCUGCUGUCGAGGUCGCAUGCAUCCUCUACCAUCGCGAACGACUGGCUUUGCUUGCGUGCCUCAAGGAGCUUCUCCGCAACGCGCUCACCAUGCCCUUUGACGACGAUGUAGACGCGCAACGUAUGGGCUUCAAGAUGGAACAGCUCGUCGAGUCGCUCGUCAGCAUCGAGACCUCCAUCGGCUCUCCUUCCACUUCGACCCGCAAAGUCACCCUCGCCGAAAGAAUCCUCAUAGAAAUCGACAACGCCAAGCAGUCGGCAACACGUGUCAAGGUUUCCCUUGAAGCGCCUAGCUCAAAUCAUGGCAUUCAGACGCAGACCUCCAACUUCCUCGGCCUCGGCAGCAGCCAAUCUGUGACGCAACCAGCGCCCACAUCCACUUCCGUAAGCGGCCGACUCAGCGACGAAAUCCAGCUCGACCGUCUCGGAUGGCUGCGGGAGGAAAGACGCGAACUCGGUCAUUUGCUCUACCUGCUGUCCAUCUCAUCUCUCCUCACACCUUCCAACAUCUCGGCCGUCCUCCGCUGGCUCGCUGCCGUCUCUGCAGAGACAUACGACGAGAUGACCAUCUACAUCCUCACUGCGCUUCUCGGUGCCAUCGAUGCGACUCCAGAUGCACGUGCGGCCAUGGCGGAUCGCGCAAGCAGAGGCACGCUCCGCAACACGGUCGAGGCUUUGCUCGACGACGAGUCCUUCAUCACUUCCACCCACGCCGAAAUCACUCGCAAAAAGUGGGCGCUCGGCGAGCUCAACAGUGCUGUCGCACUCCAAUGGUCCAUCUUCCUCGUCGAAGCAUUCUCACGCAACCCAACCUACCGCACGCAGCUCUCCAUUUCUGAAGAGCAAAUCCAGGACCUCGUGCUUCAGUCUAUCACCGGCUCCUCGCUCUCCAAGGACUCCAAAGCGGCAGGCACCACAGACGGUCCUGCCGGCGGCGCCUUCGUCUUCCUUGUCGUGCGCAUCCUCGCCUUCCGCCAAAAGACCAUCGAUGCGCUCUUCGGCGAGGAAGAAGGUGCCGUCGCUGCCGAAGCCGAGGCCACUGCUGGUGAUAUUGUCGACAACAACACCAAUGCUUGGGAUGCAGAGGUGGACCCUGAGUUCCGCGAGUACGUCGUGCAACAGAUCCACAAUCUUGCGGUUGGCACCACCUCGGUGAUGCUGCCCAUGCUGAGACGCAUUCAGCGCUCUGAGGAGGAUGCUGCCUUUGCCCUCUCCAGAGGUGUCGGUGCCCGAGGCGGCGCAUCCGCACCUCCAGAGCGCAGAUACGACAUCGAGGCCCUCUUCGACCUGAUUGCGCUGCUCUGCCGAGGCCGACCCGAGGCCGGACUGCCCUUCUGGGUGGGACCCGACAAUCGCACGACCCGCUUCCUUGCUUGGGCCAUCGACGUUCGCGAGCCAGGCCAUCAACGUGCACUGCUCAACAUGCUCGCUGCCAUGUCUUCGGGCCCUCAAAGCGCCAGCCAAGCCUACGCAUUGCUCGACCAGGAAAGCAGUCAAAGCGGAGCUACCGGGGAAGGACGCCUGGUCUCAUGGAGCCGCUUCUUCGAGUGGAUCACCUACUACAUCGACACCUUCCACCAAGCUGUUAACUCGUCCUCGUUCCACGCUUCCAGUUACCAGACGCUGGCCAUGCCAAAGAACGAGGAGACGCUUCUGAUUGGCUUCGUUCGGCUUUUGCGCAACGUCGUCUACUUUUCGCAUCCCGCUCGCGAUGCUCUGCUGCAAAACUCUUCAUACAACGCGCUCGACAAGCUCUUUACGCUGCUUACCUGCCCAAUCCCUGUCGAGCUCAAGGCCAGCAUUCUUGACGCGCUCUCGGCCUUCCUCCACCACUCGACCAGCAGCCCAGCAGUUCAAGCCCGCUUUUCCGCCAUAGCCACACAGCUCUGGGACCGCUUUGACGAAUGUGGCUUGCUCCCUUCGGACGAUGCUGCUGCCAAGUCACGUCUCCACAGCAACGGCACCUCGUUCGGCCCUUCCUUCAAGCCGCUCGCUUCCAAGGGCGUCCUGUACGAGCUCGAAAACUUUGAAGUGCCCCUCCGCAGCUUUCCUGGAUCCACGAGCUUUGUCAACUUCCUCAAAGCGCUCGUACAACUCCCUCCAAGUGCACUCGCAGCGGGCUCGAACGCGCUGGCGGACUCCACUUCAACAUCCGCUUCCGGUGCCAACCCUUUCAGCACCAUCGUCUCGUACGACCAGCACACGCAACAGCAGAUUCAGGGACAGGCGCAGCCAGCAUACCACCAGCAGCAGCAACAACAACAACAACAACAACAACAACAUCAACGCCGGCAAUUCCGGUCUGUCGAGCCGUACGUCGACUUUGUCAUCGACCACGUCUUCCUCAAGGCACGCACGCGCGACUAUGUCGAGCCCGCCGAACAAUGGCGUGUCGUCGCUUCCUGCCUCGACUUUGUCGAACGCUCCUUGCGUUCGUUCGACUUAGCAGCUCUUCUGCGCACCAGCGAGGGAGCCGAUGCCGUGUCGGACCCAGCGCUUCUCACCCAGCUCGCUUCGCAUCCCGGCUUCUUCCUCAUGCGUCGCAUCCUCACUGGAUCCAAGAUGGUCGGAGAGAUGCUCGGAAUCCUCGUACCGGGCUCUGGUCUUGCUGCCUUCGAAGCGAUCAAUCAGAACCGCGCCAGUACCUUCUUCUACGGAUCGUCCGUGCGACACGUCCUCAGCAUUCUCGACCGCGUCCUGCGUUACCAGGAUCUCUUUGUGCAGGUGCUCAUACCCACGCUCGUCGACACUCACCUCAAUGGCGUUCAGCUUCCCUUUGACGUCUCGACCCGUGUCGGUAACUCGAGCUCGUACAGUAGCUUCGACAUUCAACUGCUGCAUGCUCACGAGUCUGUUGUGCAGAUUGCUCUGCUCAUUAAAUGUGUACGCGACGAUGUAGCACUGCUCUCGGUCCGUCUGCUAGGACUCAUCGCACGCACAGCCGCCUUCAGUGCCGUCGAUCGCUUUGGCGAAAUGGGCUACCGUCGCAAGAUGAAUCGCCUCGUUGGCUUGCUCGAAAUGAGCGACGAGGCGGGUCGCGUCAAGGCUGGCUACGUUGGACGACUCGAAGCCGAGUCUUCGGGAGACGCCGGCAGUGCUAAGGUCAUUGAGACCCUCAACGCUCUCGCCGGAAUAUCGCAGUUCGAGCAAGACGAAGACGCGGACCUGCAGGCGUCUAGUGGCAGCCUGGAGGGCAGCUCGGCUCUGGCGUCUGGCGACGCUGUCGAGGCCAUUCAAAUUGCCAUCAUCAAUCUCCUGCUGGCAGGUACUGAGCUCAAUCAGCCCGCACCCAACGUCGCGCAUCUCUUGCUUGGCUACGAUUUGCGCGCGGUACGCCCUGAAGAGCAGGUGAUCAUCGACCCGGAUGCGCAGACGGCUGCUCCAAGCGCUAUCCACGCCAUCCUUGCGCUUCUCCGCCCGGAGUCAGACAACGAUGGCGCCAGCUUCCUCAGCCUGGCCGAGCGUUCUCCGACCUUUGCCGAAAAGUGCACUUGGCUCGUCCUGCGACUCUGCACCCACCCAUUCACGAGUGCAGCUACGCUUCGAUACUUGCGCACCAAGGAGGACUAUGUCGUCCAGCAGUUGCGAAGCCUCUCGCUCGUGCCUGCUGAGCGCGGUGCUCUCACUGCAAGCUCGGCGGCAUUGGGUCUGGUGCAGUUCGCCGACGGCCAAGCGAUCGAGACGACCAUCGACCGCGUCACUGCCUCGCUGCGCAUGCGUGCUUCGCUGCUCGAGCUCACUGCGCUUGAACUGCAUUCGCUCCUCAAUGCCGGCAUGCAGUCGCGAGCAGCAAGGGUGGUAGCUGCUCUCUUUGGCUCGAACGCCACGGUCGGAGCAGGCGACGGUGUCGAUGCCGAUGACAGCGUCGAUGAGGACGAUCUCUUGCUCGGUACCGAACGCGAUUUCCGCCUCGGCGCAGGAGGUGCCGAAGUUCGCACGUUUGGCGGCGUUCGCUUCCUCGAGAUUCUGCAGAGCCUUGACUUUGAAUGGUACGACGACCGCGAGGCACUGGGACAGAACAUCACCGUCAUCACGCCGGAGCAACUCGAGCUCGCGAAACGACCCGACGCUGCUGUUGGACCUCGUAUGUAUGACCUCAGCGCCGUCCUCGCCAUUAUUGUACGGGAGAAGACGCUUCUUCAGCAAAAGGGCAGUCUGCGCGACGUGGGCCAAGCCAAUCCUUUCCUGGAGCAAGCCGCAUUUGUGCUGCAGUGGGCUUCAGCGCAGAAUGCCAAGAGGGCAGUCGCCUUCUCACGCAGGCGUGUGUUGCAGGCAUGGCGACACACGCUCGACAUGGUGCUGGCGCGUGCUGCAGGCUUGCUGCGCACCGACGUCCGAUCGGGUCUCAUGUUUGACUGCCUGUCGGAGCUGCUUCCGCGCAUUGCGACGCCUUCGACCGAUGCCGGCGUCCUCGACCUGCCGUCAGCUGACCUCGUCGCCGGUGCUGUGCUCUCGCUGCUUACUUCGCUGCGCCAGCACCGUAUCGAGUUGACGACUGGCGCUCUGGAUCUCGAGACGGUGGACGCUCUUCCCGUAGACAGGCUCUUGACAACGCUCCGUGCGCUCAUCGAUGCGGUGCUGAGACUUGAGACGACCACUCUGGCUCGUGGCAACCUCUAUUCGGCGCUUAUCAACUUCCUGCAGCUGGUCAAAUCGGGAGGCGGUGUCGAUGCAAACGGUGAUGCAGGUGCUAAUGACACUGCUUCGAUCGUUGCGACCGACUUUGACGACACAAUGUCGGUGGGUGCUGUCUCGACCACGACCACCAAUAUCUUUGGCGGCCGCUCGCAGACGAGCAGCCUGGAAGCACGCACUCGAACGUUGCUGCUCUCGCAUGCCGAACGCCUUAUGGACGUGCUUGGCCGAGAUGCGCUCGAUGCGAGCGACUUGUCCAAGACCAUUUCUUUUACGCUGCUCGACAAGCUGUGUGCGCUCGAUGCACCGCCUUCCUCCAACACCACGUCGCGUCGUGGCGGAUCGAGGUGCCUCGAUUUGCUCGACCGCAAGGGCUACAUCAAGAGCUUCGUCACCGCCCUGCGCGACUCGGACCUGGCAUUGCAAGAGACGCUGCGUCCGGACCCUGCCAGCCUCAACGCACUCUACGUGUACGAAGCACGCCUGGCCUUCUUCAAUCGCAUGGCCCAGACGCGGGAUGGGGCCGAGCGACUGCUCAACGCCAAGAUCUUUGACGUGCUCGCGCAGUCGGACUACCUCGCUGCACGCCCUGACCAGGAUCAGGAGUUUGUAGACCUUGACAGCUUCCUUCCCGCUGCCACGGAGCGAUACAAUGCGUUGCUGACGCCAGUGCUCCAGCUGACCACCAGCAUCCUUGCCAGCACGUCGGCUGCUUCGGCGCUUUCGCUCGGUGCAGCAUCGGGCCAAGGUGCUUUCGGCGCGUCCAAGCCAUUGGUCCCCACAUCUGCAUCGGCGGCUCCUCGCCAUGCUUUGGCGCUCCUGACGGCCCAUCGAGAUGCACUGCUGACGGUGCUGCGUGCACCGCUGCAGGAGUUCUGCUCGUUUGCAGAGCUGGGUCAGGCUCAUCUCGUGGUUGCGAUCUUCGUGCUGAUCAUGCCCUCGCUCGAUGACGACGCCCAGCAAGCUCCCAACCCGCUUGCGCCUUUCCACACUGCCAUCAUCGCCUUUGCCGCCGUCUAUCUCAACACCGCCUCGUGGCGAUCCCGUGUGGUGCCUUACAACGAAGCGGAACGGGAAGAGUCUCGCGUGCCGACGGCUUCUCUGCGUACGCUGCGUGCUUCGAGCGAGGCGCCUCACAAUGGUGGCAGCGCAGGAGUGGAAGAAGAAACCGCGUUCAGUGCCAAGGUAGGGGCGAUGGUGGUGCGGUUGCAGAUGACGCUUCUCUCUUACCUCGAAGCAGCGAGCGACGCACGAGGCAGUAACAGCGCGAGGGUUCGACCGGUGCUGAUCCCUUCCUUGGCAGCUAGCCGCGAGCGAUCGCGUACGCCUUACGGUGCAGGCGAGGAUGGAGGCGACGGCGACUCGUCUCGAGCAGGCUUCCUGCGUUCGCAACGAGCCUCUGCUGCUGCAUCUACGGUGCCGAGCAUCGGCGGAUUGGUUGCGGCGCUCGACGAGUACACGGAUUCGGUCUCCAAAGAGCUUCAAGGGCUGGAGAACAUCGAGACGCUAUUGGAGAACGUUGACUCGGUGCGCCAGGACGAGUUGGACGAGAUCGCCCGAGAUACACUCGGCGAGGCGACGGCAGGCGAGCUCUCCCCCGCCCAACGACGCUCUGUGGCGCUGCGCCAGCUGUCGUCGCGCAAGGCUUCGCUGCGUGCCUCCUCGACGUCGAAGCUCGACGCGGUCGAACUUAUCCUCGUGCUGCUCAUUCGACAUAUCGAGUUCUUCCGAACGCUCAACACCGAGCGAACAAGCACCCUCACUCCAGGAGUGGCAGGAGCCAGGUCGUCGCCUGCACCGCUAUUUGCUGGCGGAUCAGCGCCAGCCUCGCACUUUGACCGCAACACACUGAUGCACGGUCUGGCCGAAUCAUUGCUACCCGUGGUGGAGGAGAAGAUCGGAUACCUCUCGCUGCCACCGGGCCUGGUUGCCAAUGCAAGGGAGCGACAGAGCUUCCUCCAGAUGGCAGGUCGACGCCUUGCCAGUUUCUUUACUGAUGCAGAGCAGUACGAUUCGGCUCAAUGA